GAUCCUUCUUAUGGCCCAUGAGUGUCCGCUCGGGCUCCACGAGUCCAGCCCUAGUUCCGGGGCAACUCCCCGCGAGGCAGUGCGAGAGCGGCGGACGGGCUACGACCUGCGACAUGCGGCGCCUGGAACCUGCGACUUGGGACCUGACCGGUUGGGACGUGGUUUUGGACCGGGAAGCUGCGAGACGCGUCCACACGACCAAAGUAUCGUGAACUUUUUGCCAUUUUCUCUUUUUGGCUGCCACCAAGUUGCAUGGUUCCUUCCACAUCCAAUCCUUGUUUGCCCUUGCCAAGUGAACCAAGUAAACCAAUUGACCACUUGAUUAACUCACGCCACGAUCCUUCCUUCCCUACUUGCCGGUGUCAACGGGUGUCUUACCUAAACCUCCUUCCCUUCCGUCCCGUCGUUCCUUCAUUCCCAAUGGAAGCUCCAACCCUCAUAAACGGGAACUCCCUUCCUUCCCUCCCGCACUUUCUCCAAGGUUCCAAGCUCUUCCCCUUCUGCCAAAUCCUCCCACCCGCGACUGUCUUCCUCCCUCACACCCACACUUCUCACAUACAACAAACAAACCACGUCCAAACGACCCCGAAUUACGAGACGUACUUCCCGAUUCAGACUUACAGCCAGACGAUCAAGAGUCAACCACCACCCAUCCGCUCGUCCCACGUCAUCUACCCCACCAUAGCUCCUCUCGUCGUUGCUUUUGCCCAAACUUGGGCGCCUCGAAUUCCGCCAGUCCUCUGCCAGAUUUGAUCGUCAACUCCGCAUCUGCCAGAGACAGCUAGCUUCACCUGCUCGAAACAGGUCGCCGCCCAACAAAAACUAGUUCCGUGACAUCAUCCGGCUGAAGUCAAUUGCAAAAGCCAACGGUUCUCCAAAACCGAAACAAACGCCAUUGUCGUUUGGCUUUUACACUUUGCCUUGCUCAAAAGGAAAACCUCGAAUCGACUUUGACUUUGACUUUCGAAUCUUUUCAGACGU